AUGCUCCGCGGGCCUGGCGAGGCCGAGCUGCAGGCCCGGGCCGGCACGGUGGUGCGGGUCAGGACCGUCAGGGAGUCGCUGCUGCGCGGGAGGUGGAGGCCCCCUGCGACCGUCGCCGAGGGCGUCGCGGAACGGCUUCGCCGCCGCCCCACCAGGCAGGCUGUGGAGCGGAUCGUCAGGAUGCCGCGCGUCGACGCGGAGGUGCUGUGGAGCCCGGGCGGGCUGCUGCUGGAGGGGGAGUUGGAGGCGCGUCUGGACGUCGUGGCGCGCCGCCUGGAGGAGGUCGGGUGGGCGGCGUGCGCGCUUGGAGCGCACCCGGGAGUGCUGGACCGCGCUCUGCGGGAGGCGGAGGCGGUCGAGGGCAGGAUGAGGCCGGGCGCGACGGUCUUCCUGAGCCGCGUGGUGGACCCGACCGCACCGGCGGCGCGGCGCGGCGACAAGGUGCUGUGGCUUCAGGAGGACGGCAUCUCGUCCCCGGGCGGGGAGGAGGGGCCGGCGCCGACGGUGGCCCUGCUGGAGGACGCCAUCGCUGACGUCGGCUUCCGGCUGGACAGGCGGCUGCAGCAGGGCGGCCUCGGCCUCCGCCUCACGGAGCGCGGCGACGCCAUGCUCGCGUGCUACGAGGGCGGGCGGGAGGGCUAUGAUGGGCGGGUGGACGGCCGCGUUCUCACCGUGCUGCUUUACCUGAACAAGGAGAAGCGGCAGCUGGACGACGUCGGCGGCCGGCUGAGCCGCUCCGCGGCGCAGCGGGGCGCGGCGCAGGCCUGCCGGAGGCGCUACGGUUUCUGUCCCGACGAUUUCUUGCAUGCUGACGUUGCAGGCGCCGACAUGCGGGCGUAUGGCGGUCAUCUUGUCAUCGGCGUUGGCUCUUUGUUCUCCAACAUGUACAAUAGCUCUCUCGAUGUGAUUUUCUGUGGAGGGGAAAUUCUCCGCGACCUGUCGCUCAAGAGUGCGCUGGGUAUGUUCGGACGUGGUUUCAAAGCUUGCAAUGAGGACGACUUCAUGCACAGAGGCCGUGGUCUUGCCUACGUGCUGCCCAAGUGCAAGUUUGCCAAACCUGGCUUGUUUAUCGCUAACACAAUUGGAGGUGUAGGCACCCCAAGCAUCAAUCAGAGCUGGUUUGACCACUGCACGCUCCGCCAACAUUCUCUUCUUGAAGGCUACGAGGACUGCCUGCUGGCCCCGGAUAGCGUGAUCAUGAUCAACACUUUGUUUGGCGAGACCAUAUCACUUCGCACAAACGGCCUACCCAUGGGGAGAUAUUUCGCUUUGCAGUUCAAAAAGGGAGUUCACUUUGACGAUGGAUUUGUUGAUGCUGUUUUGGCAGCGGCGAGAGCGAACAACGCCAGCAUCGUCAUGUUCCGAGCAGGCGCUGCGCCUAAGCACGAUAUCCUGAUGCCGUAUGAGGCUAUGAAAUCCAGGUCGUUCGAGGCGGAGCUGCUCCGCGAGUAUUUCGAUUGGCCGAAAGACGCAUGUACUGUGACGGUCUGCGCCGCGCCCUCUGUGAACCUGGGCGCAGCUGGCCGUUACGCCGCCUGCGCCUCCCGAGGGCCCGAGGGUACAGCGCUGGCGACGCUGUGCACCUGGUGGCCGCAUGAGCGGCACCAGGCAGCGCGCGGCAGCUACAUUAGCGCCGAGCGCCGAGGCGCGCGGGGCUGGCCGUGCCAGCAGCAGAGGUGGCAAGACAUCCACGCGCUGCUGUACCCCGAGCCGAAGGGCCGGUGCGUUCGAUGGGCCAUGCGCGACAGUUCUCCCCAGUGCGGCUUCGAUUGGUUAUGGACCAGCUACACUGAGGUGUGCGAGGAUCGCCUGGUCGAUGUCCUGGAGGCCGCCUGGUAUGUCGAAAAUCAUAUCACGCAUUCAGAUAUUGCAGAGAAGCUGGCCUCCGAGCACGCGUGCAUCCCUGUAGGUUUGGCGGGGGGCUACUCUGGCGUGGCCAACAAAGCUUCGGCCAUGCCCCAUUCGUUUGCAAUGGAGUUGCCGGCAGAUGUUUCGUUGGAGUCGUUCCUGAUCAGCUUUGCAUCCAGUACUGCAGAUAUGGGCGCCGAAAUGUCGAUUCCUGAUUUCGAAGUGGAUAGCCCAUCGAUGCUUCUUCCGGAAUGGAGCUCCCGCGUGCAGGGCAGCGCCGCUACCAUUGAUAUUGAUAUGGGGGACGGGGGGCCGACGAUUGUGCGGGCGGCAGCGGCCGAGUCGGCGACGUCGGCGUCAAUCUGGAAGCCCCAUCUGUUUCAAAAUUGCGCCACCGCGGCUGGCAUGGAGAAUAUCGUGAAUAAUCUCGUCCAAGACGUCCAUGCCUACAUGCCUGGUUGGCAAGAGUUUUUUUUCAGGAAAUUGAAAUUGUUCGAACGCCUGUUGCACGUGCAGGAUUACAGGCGCAGGUUAUAUCACACGUGCUUCGAGGGGGCAGACAUGGGUCAGAAGGGGAAGGCGGCGCUGGAGAAUUGGCCGAGAGGAGCAACCUUGUGCGAGGAGCGGUUUAAGAGCGUCCUAGUCUUCCUAAAAGCUUUCGAGCCUAUCCGGGCCCUGCUGUUGCUGAAGUGGUCAGCGAGGAAAUUUGCGCCGAAGGGCGAGGAAGGUGGCGACGAAGCAGGCGAGGCAACGUUGAAACAGGCCGACGGCUAA